AUGUCACUUGAAAACAACAAUUCGCAAGAUAUUGGGGGUAUAAAUAUGGUAUUAAGUCCAAGACCGCAGAAAGCGAGUGGGAGUAGGACGCAUAUGUCGAAAAGUGGUGGUAUGGCGAAGGGAGAAAAAGACGGUAAAGAUGGGCGAGAAAACAAGUCUGUGUUGACGGUAAAACCAGCGCCAAAUUUGAAAUCUUGUUUAUUGCCUAGCAGCGAUGUUUCGAGGCCACAGCUGUCUCAAAGUGUCGGGUUUGGAGGUGAAAUGCCACCGGGUGGUGUAUGUAUGGGCCACCACGCGCAUGCUUCGUUUGCAGAGCCGGAGGACGAUAUCAGUCCCAAUAAGCAUGGGUUAUUAUCUUUGAAUAAGAUGGGAACGGCCUCUACGUCGCCUGGUGAGAACGUAGCCCAAUCGCAUGUGCCAAAUAUGAAUUACAAUUGUGAAGGUCCUAGAAGUACGUCCCCGUCAAAUUCCACGCAGGGACAACAUGAAUACGUUAGUCCACCGCUGAUGACCAGAAUGAAUUCAUUGCGAUAUUCGGGACAAAAUGAUAAGAAAAUCAUCGAGUCUAUGAGACAGUCGAAAACGACUAGCCCAUCGCCCAUCAGCUCGCCAAAUCCUGAUAUUAAAAAAUCAGAAACUCCUGAACAGAGAACUAAGGAUAAAUUGCACUUAUUGAUUGGUAUCACUGGAUGUAUCUCGGUUAAUAAGAAUAUAUUCUUGAUAAUUGAGAAAUUGUUCGACAUGUACACGCCGGAGAAGUUAGAGAUUCAGGUAGUGUUAACCAAGGCGGCGGAAUGGUUCUUGAGUGAAAAAUUGUAUAAAUUUGAAGCAAUGGGUGUCAAGGUAUGGUUUCAUGAUGACACUUUUAAAUAUUUCCUCACCAAUAAAAUAACAACAAACCCAAACAAACCGUUAGUUAAAUUAACACCAAGCUUAUUGAGUCAAUACAUUUUGAGUUACGAUCUUCAGAAAUGGACUGAUGUGUUAUUGAUCGCGCCAUUAUCCGCUAACACGAUGGCCAAGUUAGUUAACGGAUUGUCGGAUAAUCUCUUGACUGAUUUACUUCACACAUGGCCUAUUCCUCUGGCUAAUUAUCCACAACAACAGCAAAAAGCUGGCAACCAACAACACGAUAACACCGUAUUGUCGAACAACUUACUAGCACCAAAGCCAAUCGUAGCUGCAUUGGCUUUGACUAGUUCUAUGUAUGCACAUCCGAUAACAAAAAGACAAUUGUCUCUUUUGCAAGAAUCCUACCCUAACAUGAGUAUAUUAAAACCAGUGGAGAAGUGUGUCGAUAUUGAUGGUAAUAUAUCAAUGGGAGGUAUGAGGUCUUGGACUGAAGUUGUUGACUUUGUUCUGAAAAAAUUGGGCGAGCCAAGUAAGAAUGAAGAUGAAGAAGGUGAAGAUGAUAAUGAUGACGACGAUGACGAUGACGAUGAAGAUGAAGAUGAAGAUGAAGAUGAUGAAGAUGACGAUGAUGACGAUGAUGACGAUGAUGACGAUGAUGAAGAUGACGAUGAUUCGGAAACUAUGGUCAUUAGAAAUGAAAACAAGGUGCGUCAUAAUCUACGUGACAGUAAAAAGGUUCAUCCUAAACCUGAAAGAACUAUAGAGUCAUCCAACAAAAAAGUUUCAAAUAAAGAACUUAAAGAGCAUGAGAAACUAGCUCUUCAAAAUGCUAUUAAAAAUUCUAGCUUAGGAGUUAAUCAGUCUGGUAUAAAUAAUUAA